GAAAAAACUCGAGGCGGAAGUGUAUCUUGUUGUAGAUGAUGGCGGAAAACAGGCUUACCUUGACACUAAAGACUACGGACUGAAAAGGAAUCGAGACUUUACGGGAGGAAACCACAAACAAAAUGAGGAAUGAGCCAACUUGUUAUGAAAAAACCUCGCUGUGCACACAGACAGUAAUUCACACCUUGCUUCUACCCUUCGUUUGGAACUGAGUGCAACAUUCUCCCUUGCCAACAGCAUCAGAGGGAACCAUUUCAUAUUUGGACCUGUGGCUGGUGCUGCUGCAGUGACAGCUCUCCAUUCGGCUCAGAUUGAAUCUCAGUCCCAGAUUGCUCUCCAGCAGCUUGCCUCUCUAGCGACUAUAACUGUUGGCAACCAGUGUCACAACAACAACAGGUUUGCAGCAGGGUUACCUCCUCACCUGGCCCUCCUCAGUCUUCUCAGUAGACAAGAGGUGUCAGCUGUUUAAGACAGAUACGAACAGUAAAACCGACAAAACCACACAACCGUGUCUUCCUGCUGCCAUGUACCACCACCAUUCCCAACAACAAGGGCCACAGCCCUUCUCAAAUGGGCCCAGGCCUCAUCAUCAGCCUCAUCCAAGUCAACAUCAGAAUCGUACUUCCUCUGAUAUGCUGUCGCAGGUGAUGGGUUUCCAAUUUCCUCGUCCCACCCAGCUCCCUGAUGAGCUAGAGUCUGCUCUAGCUAUCCGAGGUGCCAGGGACAUGGACCACCGCCUCAUUGACCAUAUAAACCCACCGAACCAAGGCUCAGGUUCUGGGAUCAGUCAACAUGGAACCUACGCCUCUAAUCCAAUAACACUCACCUCUGAUAAUCAGCCGGCCCACCAGCAAGGAGUAGACUGGUCAAGCUACCAACCUCCAACUAAACUGUUUGCCAGUCCUCCACCUAGUGCUAGCCGACAACACCAGGGGCCUCAACAGCAGCCUGAGAGCAGCCACACUGGAACAAGCAUCCCAAGCUGGACUGCCUCUGUAAGUGACUCACCGUCAUCCCAAGCCCGGCAUCCCCCUAGUGGUGGAAGUGGAGGUGCUGGGGAUGGUCAGGUUUUGUAUACACCAGAGAGUGCAGGAAGUAUAUUGGCUAGUUUUGGGCUUUCAAAUGAUGACUUAGAAGUGUUGAGUCACUACCCUGAUGAUCAACUAACCCCAGAUACUUUACCAUUCAUACUGCGCGACAUCCAAAUCAACAAGUCAGGCAACCAGAAAACUGUGGCGUCCACUUCCUCAUCCUCGUUCUCACGCAGAGUCCAUGAUAUGCCCCUGCCACCUCCCCGCUCUUCACCAUUGACACGUUCACACUCCCCGGAUGUACCUAGCCUUCUUACUGUUACACAGACAGCAGGAAAAGUCAUUGACUAUGGUCAUGCCAGUCGGGCAAAGGACGAGAGUAGUACCAGAGAAACUUUCAAAAGAGAGCCGCUCUCCAAUGAAAGGACAGUUAAAAUGUACCCAUCUUUAUCAUCGUCUUCAUCAGCUCCAAAAGCAGAUAAAGCUGAAAGGCGACAGGUUAAUUUGGAACACACUGAACCAAGCAAACAUGGAGACCGGGACUAUCGAAGGACAAGUAGCGACCAUCGCAAGAGCAAUCGGUCACCUGGGAGAGAAUUACCACCACCAUCCAAAUCUCGUAAUCUAGACCGAGACUACAGGCAUGAAGGACCAAAACCAAGGCCUACAUCUGAAACCAGAAGUGAGGAUUCCUCGAGACGGUCUCUCUCCUCUUCAUCAGGCUCAAAACCACACAGCAGCAACAAGAAGUUACCUACCCCCACCAUGAUAAGUGAUUUCACAGCUGUGUCUCCAAAGGCUUAUCCCCAUAUCUGCUCCCUGUGCCACAUACAGUGUGGUCAGGAAAAGGACUGGGUUGACCAUAUUAACACUGUCAACCACACUGCUGCCUGCAGAGACCUGCGCAACAAGUACCCUAACUGGAAACCAAAUCUAUCAAGUCGGAGCGGACAAUGUGACAGCCGGGCUUUGUGGGAUUCCAAGGAUCACUCUCCAUCCCAUUCCGUGUCUCAAUCCCUCUCUCGUUCUCCUACCCCAAGUCCUCCUCCCAACAAACACAGGGUGGGCCCCUUCCCCCACAGGCCACAUGGGAAGCUUUACUCUCCUCACCAUCACCCUCGUUACCACCACCACUAUACAGAACACAGCCAUCGGUUGGAGCACCGCCACUCAGGCUCACACAGUCCCUCUCACUCACGUCGAAUUUCUUCAUCCUCCAGAGAGCAUCGGCCUGAGAAGAGGGACAGGGAGUCAUCAGGGGGUUCCUCUCGCAGUGGUGGGAAGCGUCCAUAUGAUGAUUCAACCAAGUGCUCCAGUGAAACCAGCCGGCAUCCAUCCUCCUCUAGGGCGGGUCACAACUUCAAACAUGGACAAUCACAGUCCAACAACAAAACUGUCAAGAGUGGGAUGAAGACUGGAACUAAGAUGCCUAAGAUGGCAAGUGCCAAGGGUGCUGACAUAUCUACCAAACCUCCACCAGCCAAGAAGAAGAAGAAAAUGGUGACCCAAGCCUCUCAGGACUGGUCUGUUGCAGAUCGUCUGGUUUAUCUCACAGGCAUUCCAAAUGAUGCCUCAGAGCAGGAAGUUACCGACUUGGUCGGAUCCUUUGGCAAGAUCAACAACGUGAUCCUCAUGCCAUGCUCUGAGGAAGAGAGCGAGAAGGGCGAAGGACAAAAGGCAUCUGUAUGCAUGGUGAAGGCUGAAGACGCCCAGGCACUGGCUAACUCCACAAAUCUUUCCAUCGGAGACCAGCAAAUCACUGCAUCAACAGCCAAGAAACCUGAAGGAGGGCAGUCUUCUGGUGCCAACAACAGCAAACAUGCUUCAGGACAGGAAAAGGGUGCUGCUGGGGAAGACUCAGGAGGUGAGGCUGAGCAGAAGACUUUUGAUGAGAAAGGCAUGGUGUUGAUCACAGGACUUCCUGAGAGCAGCUGGUUAGAGAGUGACAUCAUUAAGCUGAUCCAGCCCUUUGGAACUCCCUCUGACAUCAUCUUGGCAACACAAAUUGGAAAGGUACUUGUGUCAGUGCCAGACAUGGAGAUUGCACAAGAGAUAGUGAAAGUCCACACCUUCAUCCCUGCGAAGAUUAAAGACUCUGAGCUGAAGAUAAUCCAUCUCAAACAGCGUAUUGGCCUCAGAACACCGGUGGCUCUGUACAAUCUACUGAUGGGAUCAGUGGACCCAUUAGAAAGUCCUGUUCCAGUAGGCUGGAGCAGCCUCUUGGUGAUCAGUAAUGUUCCCAACACGCCGUCUGGCGCCUCUGAGGUCCAAAAACUGGUGCGACGCUUUGGUACCGUCAUCAGGACCCUAGUGCUUAACUAUAUGGUCAUUUGCGAAAUGGCAACUGCAGCCAUGGCCUUGUCCGUCUACAAACGCUUCCAUAUGUUUCCAUGCAUCAUCCAGAACAACCCUCUGUUCUUCUCCCGCAAGCCUGACCCCAAGGCCAACACACAGACAAAAGUAAUCUGUGCAUACCUUGAUUCAUCUGAGAAUACACCUACAAAUGGCAAGGGCAGCCAAAUAGCAGCAGCUGCAGACAAAGAGGAGACAGCACAUAAAGAGAAGUCUAAAUCUCCUUUGGAGGGGAUGGAAACAGAUGCUGUUGCGACAGAUGAGAAGACGAAGAGCACAGAAACGAUUAAAGACGAGAUCAAAAAAUUUGAGCUUACCAGUGCUGUUUCCAACGCUUCGGCUGCACCAGAAGCCAAACCGCAGGCAGUCUUGGAUAUAGACAUGAGAGAAACAUCCGCACUUAAAACUGUCAUAGAGAUAGCAGAAGAGAAUAAAAGAGUUAGUGCAUCCGAAGAAGGAAAUUACAUGACACCAGUUGGCGAAGAGAUAAAGUUAUCUAGCUCUGAUGGUAAAGCAGCUUCCAGGGAGAUGGUCAUGCCAGAGCUCCCGAAGGUUACUCAAGAAAUGGUUAAUGCAUUACUUGUGGAGUGCCGAACAAGAGCCGCCAGCAAUCCCAACAACAUAGCAGCUUCCACUGGUGGAGAAACGGGGGAAACACCAAUAGAGAUAGAGCAGGGUGAAAAAAAAGCAGCAGAGGAGACAAAAGAACUGGCCAAGAACCACACAGAUGAGGAUAUGAAGAAGCAGGAGAGAGAGAGAAAAGAGAGGGAGGUGAGAAAGGAGAAGGAGGUGAGGGAGAGAGAGAGGAAGGAAAGAGAGAGGAGGGAGUGGGAGAAGGAGGAGAGGGCUGAGAGGGAGUGGGAUGAAAGAGCCAGGAGAGAGAGGGAGAAGAGGGAGGAGGAAAGAAGGCAGUGGGAGAGGAGGGAAAGAGAGAGGAGGGAGAGAAAGAGAGCAUACGGUGAAGGUUUGUCAGGAUCAAAGUCGUCUUGCAGGUCAGAGGGAUACAAGCAGGGCUGCUGGAGGGAUGUGCAGUAUAACAACUCAGAGGCUGAGACCAAAAUGGUGGUGGUGGAGGAGGAGGAGUUCGAGUUCCCAUUCAACAUGAGUGACUUUGUGACAGUAGAUGAAGUAGGAGAUGUUACCAACCUUCCUCGCUCUCCUUCUCCUGUUGUUCCCAUGGAAACCACAGACGGAAGGCAGGAUGCUCCCACAUCUGUCCAACAAGACACUCCAGGGGACACACCCAUGGAGGUUGCCACAGAAACAACACUGUCGGAUGCCACAGUGAUCCAAGUGAAGUCUGUUGAGCAAAUAUCAGAGUCUGAAUCUAUGAGUGGGCCAACAGUUGAGUCAUCAGACAGUUUGGCAUUGUCAGCUUUAACAUCCAGUAUGGUCCUCACUGCUGCAGCAUCCCCCUUACCAGCCUCACAAAGUGACUCUUCUCCCGGCCAAACAAAUGUGUCAACAUGUCAACCAGAACCACCUGAGAUUGAAACCGAACUAAUAGCCACUCUGGACUCCACCCCAGGGGUUGAACGCUUUUCCAUGCCUGCCAAUGCAGCUUCAGGCAGCUCAUCUGAAGCUGCCCCAGCGGACUCCUCCUCAAACAGCCCAGCAAUAGUGGCAGUGACUGCAGAGAGUGAGGAAGAUAAGAAAGAAGACAAUGGUCUCAAUCACAGUCAGGCUAAGGAGGACGACAAAACAGAAGAACAGGAGAAGAUGCAGGAUCAAGAGGACAAAGGAAAGCAAGAGAUGUCUAAAGACCAAACAAAUGCAGAAGAGGGGAGAGUGAAGAAGAAAUUACAGACAAAAACUCCCAUGAGCACAGACUGCUUUCUCCCUCCUUUUGACCCCAGCAAUCCAGUUGGUAUGGAGUUCUUAGUCCCAAAGACAGGUUUCUUCUGUAAGGUGUGUAAUCGAUUCUUCAGCGGAAUCAAAGAAGCAGAGAUCAACCACUGCAAAACCGUAAAACACUACAAGAACCUACAGAAAUACUUGCAGACUAUGAAGACAGUGAAUGUGACUGCCAAACCUGACCUCAGCUGAAUGUGGCUAUGAAACUCUUGAUUGAAUUUUGCCAUUCCCCUCCUUUUGUACUGUCUCUUUAUUUCUCACUAAAGGUCCAGAUUCUCAUACAGGUGUAGAUUAGUCUCAUGUAUUGUCUCCAUUUAAAUAUAUGGUAUUGAUUUUUCUUGUACAAUUAAGUGAAAUUAGUUGAACUGUGCAGUGGAAGAUAGCAGCCUGUAAAACUGCACAUUCAAUAAAA